UAGAAUAAGUACGGUAGCUCUAGCUCUAUAGCUAGCUAUAGAUAAUUAUAUAAUUAUAAUUAUAUGCUGCAUCCGAUGCCAUGGUCAGAUGUACGUUGGAUCUGGAAGGCGUUAGGCACUGGAAAAAGAUAUGUGCAGGUUCAUUUUCAUCACUGUGUAGAUUGCUGACUCAUACAAUGAUACUGAAACUGCUGUUAUUCUCUGUUUUCUUGUCUGUCUGGGUCAGUGCUUGUGAAGGCUUACAACGGCCAUUACCUUCUGACUAUGAAAACGCUAUUUAUGUUGAUCCUGCAAGUCCAAACAGUACCAACAGUAGCCUGUGUUACACAUCUGCAGAGAAACACCCUUGUGCUGAUAUUAACUUUGCGCUGGCUUUUCCAGGAAGACGUUACUCAACACUGUUUGUGCUGAGUUCCUCCAAUAUUCAUUAUCUUGCUGACAGUGUGUCAAACAAUUUGUUUCGUGAUAGUACUCACAUUGCCUUUUAUGGACCCGAUAACAAUGGCACUGCUAUAGUGAACUGUAUGAAAGAUGCAGGUGUUGCUUUUGUAGGCUCCUCUGGGAUUACAAUCUAUGGUGUUACUUUUCGCUAUUGUGGGACAUGGAGAAAUAGUACAAGUGAAGACUUCAGAUCUCCAAUCUUUAAAUUGAAAUCUUUUCGGGUUAGUAUAUACUUUUACAAUUGCCGGAAUAUUCAAAUUGAAUGCGCAAAAGUUUUGAACAGUACCAAUGCAUUGGGUGUUGUUAUGUUCAGUACAGUUGGUGUAAACUACAUUGCAAACUCAAACUUUGACUUCAAUGGUAUUAGCUGGAACAACUCCAUUGAUUCGGGUGGUGGUGGAUUUGCCGUUGAGUUCAACUAUUGUAAACCUGGAGAUGAUAAAUGCGACAGUGACAAUCAUCAGAUUGAGAAUAUCAGUCACUCUCUAUACUCUUUUGAAAAUUGCACAUUUAAUAACAAUCGUGGCGUUGACCAGUCAAGUGGUAAUGGCGGUGGAUUGUUCAUCCUAGCUAUGAACAAAACUCACUCCUCUCUUGGGCGAGGUGGAGGGUUAUCUGUUUACUUCAAAGGAGUAGCCAAAAAUAACACUAUUGUCAUCAACAAUUGUGAAUUUAGGCACAAUCAUGCGAAUUGGGGUGGCGGUCUUCUGGUCGAGUUUAAUGACGUCACAGUACAAAACAAAGUGAACGUACACCAAACUUAUUUUUUCAAAAAUCACUGUUAUUUUAAGAUAGCUGGAAAAGGAGCUUCAGGAGGUGGUGUUCGUGUUGAAUCCUCAGUGUUCUACGCUUCCCAAUUUUACCCAACUUUUUCUAGAAAUUCAAUUUCCUUUCAAGAUUGCUCUUUUAAUAAAAACAGAGCUCUUACUGGUGGGGCAAUAUCUCUCUCGUAUCAUCGUCAGCAGUUUUCUCUUUCUGAACAGCUCUUUCACGUGAAUUUAUUGAACUGUUCUUUUACAUUCAACUCAGCUCGUCUUGGUUCAGCUGUAAGCGUUGAGCAUGAACACUUCUAUAGCAAAGGACAAAUAGGAGAAGCAUUCUUCAAGGAUUGUGAAUUUUAUAACAAUACCAUUGUAUAUGAAAAUCAAACUGAUUCAUACAGUGUAGGAAUUGGAGCAGUUUACAUUUCUGAAGUGACAGUGUCAUAUCAAGGAAACGUAAAUUUUGAAGGGAAUAAUGGAACAGCUUUAGCCAUCGUUGGAACAACAGUCUAUUUUCUUGAAAACAGUGUUAUAGUGUUCAAGAAUAACAGGGGCUCGAACGGAGGCGCUAUGUCAUUUCUUGGAGCGGCUGGUGCAGUUUUAAGUCAUAAUACAGAGUUUCUUUUCUUUGACAAUUUUGCAAAGCUUUAUGGUGGAGCCGUCUACAAUAACUAUAUUGGCAAAGAAGACCUUCGAUCUUCCAUUAAAUGUUUUCUACAGUAUUCUGACUCAUUUGCUAACCCUGAAAAGUGGAAGACCAAGUUCACUUUUAGUAAGAAUGUAGCUGGGAAACUUGGACAGUCAAUAUUCUCAUCGACUAUUCUUCCAUGCUCUUGGUCUGAGAAUGUUGAAGCUGAUCUUGAUAUUGCUAAAGAAAUCUUUUGUUGGAAUGCUUCAAUAUGGAUCUAUGAGAACAGUUCAUGUAAGGAGCAGAUCCGCACAUCUCCGAAGACUUUCGACUUAUCUAAUGCCAAGAGUGGUGACAUAUAUCCUGGUCACCAGUUUCAUGUACACAUUAGGACUCUGGACGACUUAAACAAUGAUGUUACUAAAGAAACUAUUUUUACUGGAGCUAUUAGCAACAAUGUUUCUGCUGCGGAAGUUGAUCCAAAGUAUGCAUACAUUGCAGACGGAUACAUUGGUAUCACUGGUGAAGAGAAUCAAACUCUUACCCUUGAACUGAAUGUAGCCAAUACCAGAGAAUGGCAUGUAGAGCUCAAUCUUACAAUGGGGAAAUGUCCAGUUGGAUUUAAGGCACAAAACAUGAAUGGUAACGACAGUUUAACUGCCAAUCUUGCAAAAACUGUUUGCACAUGUAUUAAAGAAGAUGCAUACUCUUUUCAAGGUAACUUGUUGUGCAACGCUUUACACUUAAUGUCACAUAUCCGAAAUGGUUUCUGGAUAGGCCAUAUUCCCGCCGUAAGUAAUGAUUUUCUGGUGAUGGCUUCAACUAUACGACUGUAUAGGAAUGAGACGAAUGACUUCCUUCCUCUUCCUCGAAAAUUAGAGCGUCUAGAUUAUAACCAGUGUUCUCAUCUACACAGCACAGGCCCUUUGUGUGGUGAGUGUGUCGAAAACUAUUCAAUUGCCGUAAAUUCCUACAGUUACGAAUGUGUCCAAUGUAACACCACCGAUUUGAGCGUCAAUAUUGCAUAUUAUAUUUCACUCACAUACGUGCCGUACUUAGUAAUAUUUGUAUUGAUAAUAUUCCUGGACAUUCGACUGAUGAGUGGACCAGCUGUAGGUUUUAUUCUCUAUGCUCAACUGGUUGGAUCAGGUGUGUUUGAUUUCAAUAUUGGUGCUGUAACAUUUUCAAAGCAUGCGAAAGAUCUUCAGUAUGUGCAAAAUGCAUACCGCACAGUUUUUGGAUUAUUCAAUCUUAACUCCUUUUCUUUCCUACUACACCCUUUCUGUGUCAGCAAAACCUUUAGUGCAUUGGAUGUACUUUGCUUGGAUUUAGCCGUUGGUGCAUUUCCUCUAAUUUUAAUCGUUGUGAUUUACAUACUGAUGCCCUUGAAAUCGAUCAAACUGAAGAGAGGUUCUGCUGUACGGCGUGUACGCCAAACUUCAAAACUUGGUACAACACUAGUGCAUUCAUUUGUGGGGUUUAUCUAUCUCUCCUAUACAAAAUUUGCUCUAGCAUCUACUAAACUUCUCUCUACUACUGGUCUCUUAAGAUCUGAUGGGUCCAGUGUACCGGAUAUCAAAUUGGUUUACUACGCUGGUCAAUACGUCUUUGGGCAGAAGGAAUAUAUGUUGCCAUAUGGUGUAGUUGCUAUCAUCGUGUUUGUUACUUUUGCUGUUUUGCUUCCUGUUCUUCUGAUGGGCCCAUUUCAGCUAAUGAAUUGGUUAGCAGAUAAACCUUGUUUCCAGUUUCUAAAUAAAUACUGGCCCACACUGAGAAUUAAUAUCUUCUUAGAUGCAUUUCAAGGGUGUUACAAACCUAACCGUCGAUAUUUUACAGGUGUCUACUUUAUUUUCAGGUUAGUAAUAUUUAUCACAUAUGCUUUAACGGCUAGCGAGCUAUCAGAUAUGAUUUGGAAACAGAUUCUUUGUACACUAAUGUUAGUUAUUGUCGCAAUAUUGCAACCAUAUCGAGUAAACUUCAUUAAUUAUUUGGAUAUUCUUCUGUUUCUGAAUUUGUCGAUCAUAAAUGCGGUGACUAUCAGUCUUUAUUCUUCAUACACUGCAAAUGCACACGGCAGUUACUCGUUUAGUCUGUACCUUUUAUGUGUCGCACUCAUUUGGUUGCCUUUGGUUUUCAUACUUCUAUACGUGUGCUGGCAUCAGCUUAAAAGGUCAAGGAUAUAUAGACACUGCAUUCGCUCGAUCAGACCAUUCGCUCAGUAUGAAGAAAAUGAGAGACAGCCGUUGCUCAGUCCAGUUGUGGCAGGCACACUCAAAUCUGACUCUGACUAUGAUCCGCUCAGUGAUGCAUCUUUAUUCAGUAGAGCCGAAGAAACAAAUCGAUAUCGACCCUCAAGCAGAAAUGUUAUUAGUGUUGAUACCAAUGAUAGUACCAAUGGAACUGCUUCAGUAUAUGGAACUAAUGGGACAACUUCCUCAGGUAUUGUAACUGAUGGAAGUAAAAAUAGUGAGCAUUCCAAUAAUUAUUGAUUUGAUUCUGUAAUAGAGCUCUAAUUAUAGUUUGAUGCUGUAGUUUUCGAAUUAAUAAAGUUUGCAUGGACCAUGCUUAGUAUGGCUUGCACUUUUGUUGUAUAAUUAUAGCUCAUGCAGUAAUUCUAUUUUGAAUUGAAUAGCAGUUAUACUCUUAA